AUGGCUUGCCUUUCCUCGGGCUGCUCCGCUGCCCUCGGGGUCGGCGCCUGUGACCAAGCCACGCUCCUGUCGGCGGUGUCUAUCUCGGGCCAGAUCCUCGCCAACGCGCAGGAAGCCUUACAUCCUGACUUUGGUGAGCUCAGCCGACGUCACGGAGGGUUUCGGCGAAGUCAAGAUGUGGGCUUGGGUGCGCCAGAAGAAGUGGCCAUGGCCGCGCUCGCGGCAGCUCGAGAUGCCUUGAAAACCUUGGAGGCCUAUUUGCUUGCUGGAGGCGCUUGCCCUCCCGUCCUAGGGCAGGUGUUGUACACCAACGUGGAGCUAUCGAGAAUUGGACUCGAGAAAGUCUCCGUACUGGAUCACCAAGUCACUUUGGAAGCUGCCGCUGCGCGGGGCGCGCUUGCGGAUGUCCCUGUCCGCCACCGUGUCGACCUAGGUCUCCACCACACGGAGAUCUUGGUGGGUCUCCUGCAGAGCCUCUUGCCAAAAGCGCUGCGCGCCGGGCGGCAAGAGCUCGCCAUGGUGGAAGUGGGCACCGGCAAGGCCUUCAGCACCGUCCACGUCCUGAAGGCUGUGAAGCAAGCACGGGUCUUCACCAUCGAUCCAUGGAUGGAGGAGAACCGCAGCAAGUCUGUCAGAGGCAAAGUUGGCUUCCAAGGAGCUGCAGAGGUAGAGGCACGGCGAUCUUUGGAACCUUGGAGCAGUCGGGUGACCAUCCUCCAAAUGACUGGGGACGAAGCUGCCCAGCUUUUGGCAGAUUCCGCCUUUGACCUAGUGUUCCUCGACGGCGGUCCACAGCGGGAGUUGAACGUCCCCAUCUUCCGGCCAAAGGUGCGCCCGGGAGGCAUCCUCUGUGGCCAUGACCUCCCGAAAGGCCCAGCCUUCGUGCAGGUGGUUCUCGCACAUGUCCCCAAGGGCAAGACGCUGGAUGUGGGCCCCGACUGGAUGUGGUGGUUCGAAGUCUGA